GUAGAUAAACUACAUUACAUAGGUAUUAGGUACUUUAUGUUGCGACGAAAACAAAAGUGUAAACUAGUUUUAUUAAGACGUAACGUAAGUAAUUUGAUAAAGUUUUGUGACUUCACUAUAAGCAUAACCUUUAAAUUAAACAACUAAGAAUAAAUUAUCUGUAAUCAAUGCCCUACAUUUUGAUCAGAGGUAAUCUUGCAUCGUAUGGGCACAAAAAUCCUUGGCGUGUAUUGGUGUCCGGCUUAAAAGCGGGAGAUAUUGAACAACUAAAACGAUUUGCAUGUGGUGGCUAUUGUGAUGAUUCUACGAUUGUUUAUCUGCAACAUCCUUGUGUAAUUCUCAGUGCUCUAGAGGUUUUGGGUUACAAAGUUGUUGCUUCAAGUUCAACUGCUGUUAAACAAGAUUACAAUGAGUAUAUGUGGACUAUGAGAAAAGAAUUCUCUGAACCUGAACCUUCAAUAAUUGUUGAACAAGAUAACAUAACUAACUUCAGUAAAGAAGCUAUGCACUUCCAGCAUUCUAAUAAGGACGACGAGGUUUAAGCAUAUCAUAUCAUAAAGAUUUUUUUAUUUGCACACAUUGUAAAAAAUGGAAACAAAGGGCAGCCAAAAUGUUUCGGCCUGUAACUUGGCAAGCGUUCCAAUAGCAGAAGAUGGUGUUAUUUAUAUAGCCAUCAA